CGGCAGUCUGACACUGGCAUGCGCACUACAGCUCUCGCCGUGUCUACUCAGUAUAACAGGCUGCUAGUAAGCAUCAUCAGCGACCACAUAUGCUCAGUCCCAAUUCCUGUUUCCGCCCCUCGACAGGUUUAUUUUCAAUGCUAUUCUGGCGCCGGAGCAUCUUGCUGAACUUCACCGGGGCCCGGCCAUCCUGCGGAGCAGCAACGCGCUGAUGCAAGGUGCAGCUGGUGGAGUGUCAUGUGUUGGAUUGCAAUUGUGAAAUCAGUGCAGAGGCACAGUCAAGUAAUGUGCCGAUAUGUAGAGCUGACGCACAGCAGCGAGAUGGCCGUGGUGGGGAAGGAGCAGAGGGGAGGGUGGCAUGGAGGUGGCUACCCACGCUGAGAUUGCAUGUCUCAGGAAUGGUCAGCCACUCCACUCUCUUUUGAUCAGCUGGACAUCCGGUACAUCGCACUGAACAGCUCCUGAAUCAACCCAUCACACCAACAACAACACCAGGCCUGCCUGAAGCGGGACUUAUAACCCAGGACCACAGCCUGUCUUUCUUACUUUCUGAGCCCAGCACACCUCUCCCUUCUCCUAUGCUGUGAGGCCCUGCAGAACCUCCUCCAACCCCCUCCCACACACUGAGUCUAGAGGUCAUGUGGUUGUUGACUCUAGUCCCCAAAGCUGGGGGAUCUGUGAUGCCCACCCACCACCUCCUUUGACACCCCACCCCACCUCACCCAGCCUGCCCCCCCCCCUUCAUUUCCUCCCACAACCAGCCUCAUCCACCAAUCAGAACGUGCCCCCUCCUCCUCCUCCUCCUCAGGUGGUCAUGCAGCCCCCUGCCCACCCCCACCCCCACCCUGAGAGCUCGUGACGGGAGGGGGGAAGGAGGGUGAACAAUAAUCGCCCCCCUGGAGAAAAACUAAAAACAGGCCAAAAAAAAGGGGGGGGGUGAGACCACCGUGAAGCCACCUCCCAGGAGGGCAAGGAGCCAGGGAGCCACCCAGGGGGCAGUGGAGGAGGGGGUGACCCGGAAAGAUGCGUCCAUGGGCGGGCUCGUGGCGCUGGAUCACCCUGGUGCUGCUGGCCUGGGGCACGCUGCUCUUCUACAUCGGCGGGCACCUGGUGCGCGACAGCGAGCGCCCCGAGCACUCCAGCCGCGAGCUCUCCAAGAUCCUGGCCAAGCUUGAGCGCCUCAAGCAGCAGAACGAGGACCUGCGACGCAUGGCCGAGUCACUACGGAUCCCUGAGGGGCAGUCAGAGAGGGGGCCGGUGGCCGUGGAGAAGCUGCGUACACUGGAGGAGCAGCUGAACAGAGCCAAGGAGAAGAUCCACAGCUACCAGCAGCGCUCUGGAGACGUGGGCCCUGGCCAGGAGCAUGAGGAGUUGCGGAGGAAGAUUGAGAAUGGCGUGCGGGAGCUCUGGUACUUUGUGCGCAGUGAGGUCAAGAAGCUGGGCGACACUGACGGGCCCAUCCGCCACCGGCACACAGACAACCUGCUUCAGGACCUGGGCCACCAGCAAAGGUCCGUUAUGACAGACUUGUACUACCUCAGCCAAGCAGACGGAGCGGGAGACUGGCGAGAAAAGGAGGCCAAAGACCUAUCUGACCUGGUGCAGAACAGAAUCACAUACCUACAGAACCCUGCGGACUGCAGUAAGGCCCGUAAGCUGGUGUGUAACAUCAAUAAGGGCUGUGGUUACGGCUGCCAGUUGCACCAUGUGGUCUACUGCUUCAUGAUCGCCUAUGGCACGCAGCGCACGCUCAUCCUGGAGUCGCACAACUGGCGCUACGCCGCUGGUGGCUGGGAAAGUGUCUUCCGGCCCGUCAGCGACACCUGCACCGACCGCACCGGUGCCUCCACCGGACAGUGGUCAGGUGAGGCCCACGAUCGUGAAGUGCAGGUGGUGGAGCUGCCCAUCGUGGACAGCCUCCAUCCGCGGCCCCCCUACCUGCCGCUGGCCGUGCCGGAGGACUUAGCUGACAGGCUGCGCCGUCUCCACGGUGACCCCUCCGUCUGGUGGGUGUCCCAGUUCGUCAAGUACCUGGUGCGGCCGCAGGCCUGGCUGGAGAAGGAGAUUCAUGAGGCGUCCGUCCGCCUGGGCUUCAAGCACCCCAUCAUCGGGGUCCAUGUGCGUCGCACCGAUAAGGUGGGCACGGAGGCGGCCUUCCACCCCAUCGAGGAGUACAUGUCGCAGGUGGAGGAGCAGUACCAGCUGCUGGCCCGACGCCUCCCAGUGGACAAGAAGCGCGUCUACCUGGCCACAGACGACCCCACACUCCUACAGGAGGCCAAGACCAAAUACCCAGACUAUGAGUUCAUCAGUGACAACGCCAUCUCCUGGUCGGCUGGCCUGCCUAACCGCUACACAGAAAACUCUCUGAGAGGCGUCAUCCUUGACAUCCACUUCCUCUCCCAGACCGACUUCCUGGUCUGCACCUUCUCAUCACAGGUGUGCCGUGUGGCCUACGAGAUCAUGCAGACGCUCCACCCGGACGCGUCCAGCUACUUUCGCUCACUGGACGACAUCUACUACUUUGGCGGGCAGAACGCGCACAACCAGGUGGCCAUCUACGCGCACCGCCCACGCGACGGUGAGGACAUCCCGCUGGAGCCCGGCGAUGUGGUCGGCGUUGCCGGCAACCACUGGAACGGCUACUCCAAGGGCCUGAACCGCAAGCUGGGCCGCACGGGCCUCUACCCCUCCUACAAGGUCCGCGAGAAGGUGGAGACGGUCAAGUAUCCCACGUACCCCGAGGCGGACAAGCUGCUGGCCUCAUAGAGAGGACAGAGAAGAAAAAGGAGGGGAAAGAGAGAGAGGAGGAGUGAGCUCUUCAAGAAAGAUGACGACAAAAAGGAGGCAGUUCUAGAGACAAAAAUGGAGCAAAAUGAAGGAACAAAAUGGAGAGUACGUGGGCUGGAGCAUGUUGUGUUGUGAAGGAGUUGCACAAACUGGUGUCGCCACUGAUGUGGAGAUGGAGCUGAAGGGUAUUCCUGACCUCCAGUUGUGUAGAGUGUGUGUGUGUGUGUUUGUGUUUGUGAGGGUGCGUGCCUUUGCCUCUUAGUGAACAGGUGUGUGAACACAUGAUUGAUUGAACCAGGGCACUGAAAGCUUCUAUAUGGGAGCAGCAACGAGUGUACGCAUAUCCCAGUGUGCACUGCAGCAAGGGGGUCAAAGCCCUUAAGUAAUGACUGAUAUGAACUUCAUAAAUCAAGCGGAAGACAUAACCUGAAAAAAGAACUUAAAGAAGAAAAAAAAACAAGUGGAGAUUUUAAAAAAAAAACCUGAAAGAACUGUUUCCCUUUCUCUUUAAGUUGACCAUAUUCAGUAGUUUAAACUCAGCACUGGCCUUUCAUGACCUUCCUCUCCCUCCCUUUUGUCCUCUGACUUUUUCUCUCCCAUCUUUUGGGUUCUUUCUUUCCUCUUUUCAUUCUCCUCUUUCUCUGUCUUCACCAAAUCUCUGUCAUAUCUUUCACUUCUGUCUUGUGUCUUCUCUCUCACCUGCCAUUAAGUUGUCUACACCAUUUGAUUCUCUUAGAAGGAAAGGGACUUUUCAGUCCUGGAUCUGUAUGUGUGUGUGUCUGUAUCUGUGUCGGUGCCUGUGUGCUCAUGUUGAAGGUGCACCCCUUAAUGGUGCUUAUUGACAGCAUUGUAAAUGGCUUUUGGAUUUCUCUAGAAACUUGAUGGUGCAUAUUUCUGUAUGUGUGUGUGUGUGUAUGCGCGCGUGCAUGUGUGUGCGUGUGAGAGAAUGAUAGUGAUACAACCUUUUAGAAGCUCCCCCUCACCCCAUCCCCCUUUCCUAUCCCGAGGCACUCUCCCUGAGCGGUGUGUUCCCUCCAGAGGUUCCUCAGGGUCCCACUCCUGCCCCCUCACCCCACACACAGAAGACGUCACCUUGCUGCCGUGAUAGAGAGGUGUCUCAAAAGACAUGGAGUGAUGAUGGUUACGGUAUGACGUUCACACAAGCAAGAACAUUAAACUAGCUUACGUUGAGCUAGCAGGCUAAGUUGGCUGACAGAUUGGCACAGACCAGGCGCUAUAAUCGGUUACAACAACGAUGUAAUCAGAUAGUGCCGUCUUUAUGACAAAUCUAAGCUAAUCUAAUCUAAUAGGCAGCAUGGAGGACACAUCAUAGCUCCCUUCAGAAAUGACCAAUAUGGGGGUAGUUUGAAGGUAUCUUAGAUGGAAUAAAAAGAGAGUUUGAUCAGUUUGGAACAGCACUUGAAGGGUUCAGGUGCAAAAGCCUCUAAAUGCCACCUACGUCAAAAAUUAGAUAAAGAUCGUGAGUGGAUGCUCUCCACACAUAGUAUACGUUAGUCAAAUAAUUUAACUUCAAAACCCACUAAAUACCACUCUCUUCCUGGUCUGAAAUAUCGAUUUAUAGGCAAAAACCUAUAGGAGCCUGAUUUUAAAUGCUCAUUUAAAAGAAACGUGGUCAGACGGAUUUAGAGGGUUUUGCAUCUGAACUCUUCACUUGUUGCCUCGCUUACCUGUAAGAUAUCUUAAAAGGCAGCAGUUUAACCCGUUUGGAACAGAGCCACAGUCUCCACCAGCCUAAACACCACCACCCCCAUGCCUCCAUUCCCUCUGACUGUCCUAUGCUGGGCAUUCCCAUGUCUUUGUUUGGCUCACUUGUAACUGAUUGUCACUUGUGUUUGAGACUCUUUUAACUCCAAAUGAUAGACUGUUUUUGUAAUGAAGGCUUUUUAAAGAGGUGAUGCUGAGGGCUUCAAAGGAGAACGCCUGUCGUUUCGGACAGCUCCAGGUUACCCAGGAUGCCGUGCUUUCCCGUUGAGUUCAGAUGGACUUUGUGCAGAUGGCCUUUUCUUUGAUAACCACAGACCCAUUAAAAUGGAGAAACACC